AUUCACCUCCCCUGAACUCGUAGCAGCAGCAGCGCAAGCCCACACGAAAAGCGCUUCUCUCAGAAGCUAUCCACGUUUUCGCAAAAUUCGUUCUUAUCCGCUUCUUCGGAAAGCGCUCGAGCUAAUCUCACAUAGAAGCUAAAAUUCGAGCUGUGAAUUGAAGCUCGAUCGAGGGGUGAAGGAUGGUGAAGGAGAUGCGGCGAGCCGACGCGGAGGCGCAGCUGAACCUGCCACCUGGGUUCCGGUUCCACCCGACUGACGAAGAGCUCGUCGUCCACUACCUGUGCCGGAAGGUCUCCGGCCGCUGCCUCCCCGUCCCGAUCAUCGCCGAGGUCGAUCUCUACAAGUACGACCCGUGGGACCUCCCAGAGAGGGCGCUGUUCGGGCAAAAGGAGUGGUACUUCUUCACGCCGCGCGAUCGGAAGUACCCGAACGGGUCGAGGCCGAACCGGGCGGCGGGAAGGGGGUACUGGAAAGCGACGGGGGCGGAUAAGCCGAUCCGCCCGUCGGGGAGCAACCGGCCGGUCGGGAUUAAGAAAGCCCUGGUAUUCUACCACGGGAAGGCGCCGAAGGGGAUCAAGACCGAUUGGAUCAUGCACGAGUACCGUCUCGCAGAGGCGAACCGCGCUCCCGGAGGGAAAAAGGGCAACUUGAGGUUGGAUGAUUGGGUACUGUGCCGGCUGUACAACAAGAAGAACAGCUGGGCGAGAACGGCGGCGGCGGAUUCGAUGGAGACGAGCCACGACGCGGGGUCGGAGGCGAUCAACACGCCGGAAUCGGACAUCGACCACGACGACUACCACCUGUUCGACGAAAUGGCCGGCACCGGAGCCCUGCAGUACCGCCCGUUCGAUCAAAUGCCGCAGCUGAGGCCGACCGCGGCGGGCGGAUUCCCGAUUGUGGAGAAGAAGGAGGAGAGCGAUUGGUUCACGGAAUUGAACCUGGAAGACCUGCAGAGCUCUCUCGCCGUGUUCGGCUCCGGCGCGGCGCCGUCGCUCGACGUGUCGAGCCAAGAUUACUUCUUUUCGGGGUUUUGAGACAAGCAGGGUUGUGAAUGACUCUGUAUAGAUAGAUAGAGUAGGAGUUCAAAAGAGACCGAAAGGAAGGGAGAGAAAACACAGAGGGGAGAGGCAAAGAGGUUCAAACAAAUACUAGAUUAGGAUUUCUUUUUAGAUUCCCUUCUUUUUCUUUUUGAUUUUUGUCAUUUUUAAUUUUUUUUCAGGGGGAGAGGUUAUGUGUGUGUGUAUAUAUGUAGCAUGACUUAGUUGUAGAAUGGUAUAAUUUUGUUCCUGUUCUGAAACAGUGGCAGUAGAAGAGAUAUGUAAAAAUUGUUGGGGAGAUCUAAGUCACCUAACAAUGUAUGCGAUGUUCAUGAUCAUGAAGUUGGAACAGAAAUAAAUUUGCGUUCUCUUUCUCUUA